AUGGCAGCCGCUCAGCCCAGACAAAGGCUCAAAACGAACGAGGACAGCAGCAUAAGCGUGCAUGAUUCUGGUGCCUCGACCAAGAUCCACGGGCCCUUCACCGGAGUCACCAUUGAACAUCAUCCAACUCAAGUAGAGUUCGAAAGCGACGUGGAAUCCGCCCGCUGGUUAACAGUUUCACCAUACCUUGAACCAGAACAUCUCUUGGAUCUGAACAGUGUCGAUACUCCAAACCGGCUUCUCGCUCUUGCAUCGACACAACUGGAACCAGCUUCAGGAAACUAUGCCACAGUCCCCUACGAAGACUCCUUCGAUUGGAGCAGUUUGAUGGCAUUAUUGAAGUCCUUGGCAGCCAAAGAGGGUUACAGGUGGACGCGGCAAGAGUUCUACGUCGUCGAGUUCAGGUCGAAACUCAAGAAGAACAUUGACGUUGACCUCUUGUUCAAAUUGGACAAGCAAUCCCACGUCGAAGCCACUCAGAGUGGAGGGCUUCUGAAGUACUGGUACGGGGUACCUGACACCAAUAGGAGAAAUCUGGCAACGUGCUUCUGGCGCAACAAAGAAGACGCAGUCAAUGGUGGGCGAGGGCCAUGGCACAAAAAAGCUCGGGCUGCUAUUUCUAGCAUGUAUGAAGAAAUUGAUGUGAAAGGGCUGCGCUUCACGAUUGAGGAUGACGUGGCAAGCUGGGCCUUUUCGCCGUAUUCUUGA